AGCAAAUAAUCAAAACAUUCAAAUAAAACGAAUUGAUAAAGCAUUUAAACAAAUCAUAUAUAAUAUCCAUUAGAAUAGUUAGCUUAAGCCACAACAAUUGUUAGCAGAGGAAAUCAGCUAGACCAACCGAUCCCCCAACGAGGGUGGAAAACCGUGAAAAGUGUGUGUGUAUAAAAAACGAAAUAAAAAAAAAAAUUGUGCAUCUGUGUUAAACGAUGAGGAAAACCGUUGCGAAAAAUGUGCGAGCAACAAUUUAAGGCUGUUCCUGUUCUUAAACGUCCGUAGUCCGGCCUGAAAUCCAGUUUUAUGCGAGGCGACUCGCGCUUGAAAUCGCUUCGACAACAACAACAAUAACAGCCACAACAACAACAAACUUGGGCCCUUUUCGCCUUGCACACAGCACGCAAUUCGCCGCCGCCGCCGCCGCAGCCACCGCCUCCGCCCGCAAAGGCCUGUGCCGCCUUGUGGUUAUUCCUGUUUGACUUCAUUUUCGCUCGCUGCCAAAUUGCUGCCACUUUCGCCGCAAACUUAUAAACAACAACAACAAUAACAAUUAUUUUUGGGCAACCAGUCAAAAUGUCGACGCGCUCGCAAUUAACCAAGGACCUCAAUGAAAGCGUUAAAUCGAUUUUGGGUCGCCACACAAAGAUCUUGGUCAAGUAUAUGGUCAAAUUGGAAACGAAAGGCGAUAAAACGGAGAAUCGUGUCUUGGUUUUUACGCCCGUUCGCAUUUAUUUGCUCAGCGCCAAGGUGCCCACAAAGAUCGAAUGCCAUUUCCAUUAUUUGGACAUUGUCGGCGUCGAGAGCAAAAAGUCAACACAUUUCUCGAUUGUGACCAACGAUCGGCCAUAUUCGUUUGUCACCACCGGCGAUGCGGGCAAUUUCAGCUCGAGCGCUGAUGUCAUUCUAACCGAUCUAGCCUCGGCCAUUAAGCAAAUAUUUCCAACAGUUCCUCUCAAAUACAUCAUUAAAAAGAUCGACAUACAACCGCCGGAGCGAGAGACAAUAUUCUCGGAGGAAUUUCGACCCUCGGAUCCGCGCAAUGUUGGUCCCUGCGGCGGUUUCAGUGCCCAAUAUGCCUGCAUGUGCGAUUUUCAUGGUGUCCCGUAUCGCGAGGAGGUCGCCUGGGAUGUGGACACCAUUUACUUGUCCCACGAUACACGACUGCUCAACCUGCGCGAUUUCGAUCAUCUGGAGCCCAAAGACUUGAUGGCCAUUGUUUCAGCUCUGGAAUAUAAUACGUUUUUUCGUGGUCUAAAGGCGGCGCACAUGCGCCUCUCACACGAGACGCUGGAACGCAUUCUGCACGUGCUCAAGCGCUCCAUGUGGCUAGAGGAGCUGCAUCUGGAGUCCUUAGGUUUAAGAUGGGAUUUCUUGAAUAAGCUUUCGAUAUCUGUGAUUACCAACAGCAGUCCAGCGAUACGUACCAUCGAUUUGAGUCACAAUCUAAUCGAGGAUAAAGGAGCUAGCUCAUUGUGCGCCCUACUUGGAAAGAUUGUACAAGGCGCCAUACAUCUGGCUGGGCCCAUAGCCAAGGUAUCGAAGGGUCUGUGCAAAUUGGCGCUCUCCCAUUGCGGGCUCACCUCAAAGGGCGUUAAUCAGAUGUCGCACUCGCUGACGCUCAAUCAAAGUAUUUCCAACUCGCUCACCUAUCUGGAUCUGAGCGGUAACAGUCUCAAGGAUGACAUAACCAAUCUGCACAAUUUUCUGGCUCAACCCAAUGUGCUGGAGCAUCUGGAUCUGGCAUCGACUGAUAUUACGCUAGAAAAUCUUUUUGGAGCUCUGUUGCGCGGCUGUGCCACGCAUUUGUCGCAUUUGAAUGUCUCGCACAACUCGUUCAGCACGAAGAAGGGCAAGGAGAUUCCGCCCUCGUUCAAGCAGUUCUUUACGAGCACGUUGAGCCUAAAGCAUCUCAACAUAGCUGGGUGCAAGCUGCCAAUGGAGGCGCUCAAGAAUCUGUUGCUGGGCCUGGCCUGCAAUGAGUCGACGGCGGGUCUGCAUCUCGAUCUCAGCGGCAAUACGCUGGGCACCCAAGGCGCCCACGUGCUCGAGUCCUGCAUACACGGCGUACGCGUGCUCCAGAGCCUGGACAUCAGCGACAAUAAUUUGGAUGCCGAACUGGCGUCCGUGCUGACGGCCAUCUCGAAGAAUCCCUCAAUACGCACGCUGCAUCUGAUGCGCAGCUUGACGGGCAUGAAGCCCAAGCAUGUGCCCACAGUCAUGGAUGCGCUGGUCAAUCUAAUACAAAAGGAUGACUUCCCGCUGGUGGAGCUGGUGCUGUCGGAGAACAAGCUGAAGCACGAUCUGCACGACUUCAUCAAUGCGCUGGGCAGCAACCAGAGCCUGCAAAAGCUGGACAUCAGUGGCAACUACAUGGGCGAUGUCGGCGCCCGGCUGCUGGCCAAGGCGCUGCAGAUCAACAAUCGGCUGCGCACCAUUUACCUGGACAAGAACAGCGUCACGCUGCAGGGCUAUGCGGAUAUUGUGUACGCGCUGGAGCACAAUCACAGCAUGCGCACAAUACCCUUCCCAGUGUUCGAUAUAGCGCCGCAUCUGAAAAAUCAUCCGGAUAAGACGGAUGCGGUUAUGCGCAAAAUGCAGGAGCUGCUGCAGCGCAACUGCAACGGCCUGAAGCGUGCGAAUGGCCAGGGCUUUAGGCUGCAGCAUGGCUUUAUGCUCUCCUCCACACACCAGCUGGUGGAUAAGCUGGUGGCCGAGACACAGGACACCAUAUCCAUAGCCAAGGGCGGCGGCGAUAAUGUGUCCGCCGUGCAGCGUCUUAUCAGCGAUGCGGAAAACUGCAAACAGCUGAUGCCCAAGCUGCAGGAGGCCGUGCGCAACGAUGCGCAUCCCAUCGAGACGAAGCUGACGCGCGUCGCCGGCGAGCUGAGCUAUACGAUCCGCAGCUAUCUGGAGGAGACGCUCGAGACGAUGAUACGGACCGGCAUCGAGCAGUGCCCCAAAACGCUGGGCAAUCAAAUUGUUAUCCAAGAUCUGCGCAAGGCGCUCAACGAGCGUCUCCAAAUACCCGAAGAUUUUCUUCAAAACUGUUUGCUCAACAAUGCCGGCAGCGAGAUCAUGAAUAAAGUUGGUGAGAUUGAGCAGUCGCUAGCUGCAGCCAUAUCGGAUCGUGCCACAGAUGAGGUGCUCGAGGCGCUAACACGCUAUCGUCGCGGUCUGGGCAUAUCGGAGUCGCCAUCGGUGCUACUGGACGAGCCGCAGACGCCGGACAUUGUGCGCAGUCGUUCCAGUCAUGAAGCCGAGGGCUUAAUCAUACGACCCGGCGGACGCGGCUCGGUCUUGCCCAAACUGGGCCUGGAAUCGCCCACUGCCACGCCGCAUUUGCCGACGAAGCGUCGCUCGGUUGCCCGCAAGGUGCGUCCCCAGUCCGUGGUUGAGAAUCUCAGCCUGAGCCACAUACCCGAUCUGCUGGAGUCGCCCUCGUCGCAUCGCUCCAGCUCGCAGCUGACGUCGCGUGGCGCUGCCGCCGCCGCUGCCGCCGCUGCAGCUGGAGCUGGUGGCGCCUCGGCUGGCAGCCACAUGAUGAGCGACAGCAAUGCGGCCAUGGACGAUGGCAACGUGGACGAGUGCUGUGAUUCGAUCACGGAGCUGCCCAGCGCCUCGUUUCAGCUGCAGCAUCUGGUCAAGGGUCGGCCCAAGCGCGCCAAGACGCGCGCCCCGACCCGGCCGCUGGUCAAUGCUGAAUGCGCCGCCGGCGCAGUCCGGGAUAUUGGCGAUGGGCUGGAGCACUUUUUCCGGCCCGGCUCGGUCACGCCCACAACGCUGACACCGCUGGUAUCGCCCACAUCCGAGGAGUGCAGCUCGCUGUCCUUUGUGGACAGCCCGACGAUGAGUCGCGACGGCAACGGGCACAUGACCUCCGAGGAGACAACGCCCAUCAUGGAGGAGCGACGACCCAUCAAGCUGGAACGCCAGUCGCCAUUGCUCAAGAGCGCCUCGUGGGCCACGCGUUCGCGCUCCACGGACAACCUGGAGAAGUAUUCGCCGCUCGUGGGUCGCAAAUCGCCGCUGGUCAAAAUGCGCACGGAGGGCGGCCCCGGCAAUGAAGAGGCGGCAGCUGCCGCAAUCGCGCCCAGCGCUGCACUGCUCAAGCCGGGCACGCGCGACGAGAAGAUGCGCUCGCCCAGCAGCGACUCCAUCAAGAGCCAUGCGACGGGCGGCGCCGUCGUCAACGAUGGCAGUCUUUUAGGCAAGACGGGCAACGGCAUCCUGCGCACACCCCUCGCCCUGCAGAAGCCGCGUCCCUGGUCUGUGGUGGGCAGCGAGCCGAAGGCGAACAACGAUCUGGUCACGGGCAAUGGCAGCAUCGACUCCACCAAAACAACGCCCGAUACCCUGGAAGAAGAUAUAGAAGUCCUUCCCUUUGGUCCAGGCAUUGCGCCAGGCGCCGCGCUGGAGAAGAAAUCGGUGCGGGAGCUGGCCGCAGGACUCAGUCGUUUGGAACUGCCCCUCAAGCCGCCCGUAAUGCCCAGAACCAUGUUGAGCACAGUCAGUCGCACGAGCACCGCCAGCAAUGGCAGCACCCACAGCAGCAGCAGCAACAAUUCCAGCGCAACAACAACAGUGACAACAACAACAACAACAAGCACAGUAUUAAACAAUCAGACGCGCUCCAAGAUAACCAGCACGAGCAGCACCAACAGUGCGACGCAGGAGACGCUCAGCAAAACCAUCAUCACGGAGCACGGGAGCAGCAGCAGCAGCAGCAGCAGCAGCAAGAGCCAGAGCACGGAUCAUGCCAUAGCCUGUGCCAGCCUGAUCAGCAACGAGAUCCUGAGCAUGCGCAAUGGACAGCUAGCGACCAAGGCGACCAGCUGCGCGGAGAGCAAUGUGAAGCGCAUUGCCGGCAAGGAGAUCUCAACGCUAUUCGAGGAGACAUUAGUUGAAGGCCUGCAGCGCACCUCGACAAGACGCACCUUUAGAGAUUCGCCAUAUACCAAGGAGGAUGUCGUUGAUUUAUAAAUCGUGUCUAUUAUAUGUGCUAUAUAUAUGCUCAACUCGACAUUCCUUCUCCCCCCCCAAGCACCAGACUUCAAGUUAUAUGAUAAUGUCUAUGAUAAUAACGACGAUAAUGAUAAUGAUAAUGCUAAUGAUGAUAAUGAGCAAAGGUUGCAACUAAUUCGUACUGAACAAUUUAUAAUUUAUGUGCAAUGGCGCGAGCGUAUAAUGUGUGUGUGUAUUGUUUUUAACUCUUU